GAUUUAGUUUGUAACUACAUUUAUUUUAAGGUUAACGCCAUAAAUAUGUGUGUAAACAUGUUUUCUUAAACACAAACACAGCAUGCCAGUCGCAAGUAAAAUCUUCGAAGGAUAUCGGGCACUCGGAUUUGUCAGCAAUCAUGUCCCCCUGGCUGUCCGGUAUCACAAAAAGCACAAGGAUAACUAUGUUAUCACAUGUGUUGGGAAAUCGUACCACGUAUAUAAUGUUUCAAAACUGGGGAUUGUCUGUGUCAGUGACAUCCAUCCUGAUGAUAUAAACUGCAUAGCAGUAGAUUCAAAAUUUGUAUUUACUGGUUGUGGGAAUGUUAUACGAGCUUAUACAAGAUGGAAGCAGCUGUCAUAUACAUAUGAAGGUCAUGAAAAAGACAUCCGUUUGUUGCUUCCUUUUGGGGAACAUCUCAUUUCUGUGGAUGAAGAAAGUACAGUCAAGGUCUGGGAUGUGGAUGCUGAAGUUGUUUACAUGGAGAUGACUUUCAACAAUAAAAACUUUUGUGUAACCACCUUGAUGCAUCCAAGCACCUACCUGAACAAGAUUCUUCUUGGCAGCAAGCAGGGCAAGCUGCAGCUGUGGAAUAUUCACUCCGACAAGAUGCUUUAUAUGUUUGAGGGAUGGAAUGCAGGAGUCACAGCUACUGAACAGUCUCCAGCCAUUGAUGUUGUAGCCAUUGGAUUGGAUGAUGGACAGAUCAUUUUACAUAAUCUCAAAUAUGAUGAAACAGUGAUAAAAUUCCGUCAAGACUGGGGCCCUGUCACAAGCAUAGGAUUCAGAACAGAUGGUCACCCAGUAAUGGUUACAGGAAGUGCUGUAGGCCACAUGGCCUUGUGGAAUUUGGAACAGAGGAAGUUGACCAGUCAGAUAAGAGAAGCACAUUCAACCUCUGUUACAGGGAUGGUGUGUGUGGCUUCUGAACCAUUGAUAGUGACUUCAGCAGCUGAUAAUUCACUGAAGGUGUGGAUAAUGGACUUGCCAGAUGGUGGAGGUCGUCUACUAAAUCAGAGGUCAGGACAUUCUGCUCCACCCAGCAGACUAAGACAUUAUGGAAAUGAUGGCAAAAAUAUUCUCAGUGCAGGACAAGACAGCACGAUGCGCUCAUUUUCUACAGUUCAUGACAAACAUUACAAAAGUCUGGGACGUGCUUCAUACAACAAGUCUGAGACGAGAAAGACCGGCCUGAAGAGAGACAAGCACAUGAUGCCCUCUGUUACACAUUUUGUAUCAGAGUCCAGUCGACAGAGUGACUGGGAUAACAUUGUAGCCUGUCACCGUGGCCUGUGUACAGCAACCACAUGGAGCUAUCAGAGGUCAACCAUGGGUCAACAUAGAUUCAGUCACGACAGGUUCAACAGCCAAGCAUUGAACAGUACUGUAGCUCAGGCUGUUGACAUCAGUUCAUGUGGAAACUUUACGGUGAUUGGAUACAGCUCAGGGCAUGUAGAUAAGUACAAUCUUCAGUCGGGUAUACACAGAGGCAGUUACGGAGAUCCAAAAGCGCAUGACUGUUGUGUACGAGGGGUAGCUAUAGAUGGUCUCAACCAGAUGCUGAUCACAGCAGGUAGUACAGGUGAUAUCAAGUUCUGGAAGUUUAAAGAUCGGAAGCUUCUGAAUUGCCUCCAAUUGGGAAGUCAGAUAUCACAGAUCUGUUUACACAAAGAGAGUUCUAUGAUGGCUGUCUCGGAGGAUAAUUUCAGUAUAAAGAUAGUAGACAUUGACACUAAAAGGGUAGUGAGAACCUUUCUCGGUCACUCCAACAGUGUAACAGAUAUGACCUUCAGUGCUGACUCCCGAUGGCUGAUCACAGCCUCAAUGGACUGCAGUGUACGCACUUGGGACAUGCCCACAGGCAGACUAGUCGACUGUUUUGCAGUAGACACCGCAGUGACAACCUUGUCAAUGUCUCCAACAGGGGAUUUUCUGGUGACGGCCCACGUUGAUGAUAUCGGAGUUUAUCUCUGGUCUAACCUCACACUCUUCUCACAUGUACCCUUGAAGCCCCUCCCUUCAGACUUUGAACCACACACUUUGGCUAUGCCUGCCACAAGUAAACAGAAAUCCGGAUCGGCAGAAGAGGAAGAGGACUCAACAGAGGAGGAGGAAAUUACUGACUUCAAAUCUCCACAGCAAAUAUCAGAUGAACUUGUAACUUUGUCACUACUACCAAACUCUCGAUGGCAGAAUCUGCUCAAUCUCGACACAAUCAGGAGGAGAAAUAAGCCUAAAGACCCCCCGAAGGCCCCCAAGGCAGCACCAUUCUUCCUACCCACUGUCGCUGGACUGGAGUUCAAGUUUGCUGAAGCAGAAGCAGAUGAGGACAAGAGUAUGUCUAAAAUCAUCAAAGGAAAUCUUCAGCCACUUUCAGCACUUGGUAAAGUGUUAACACAGGAUACAGAAGAUGCUAAUUUUGAGGAGACACUUCAGAUGAUGAAAAAGCUGGGACCAUCAGCCAUAGAUAUUGAGAUUCGAUCUUUAGAACCUGAUGGUGGGGGUUCUUUGGAACUAAUGUCGUGUUUCCUUAGUUUUAUCCGCUAUGUCCUUACCACUAGAAGAGACUUUGAGCUAGCCAAUGCUUACCUGGGAUUAUUUCUCCAGGUCCAUGGAAGUCUUAUAGCUGGUGAACCAAAAUUAGCUAAGGAGUUAGAAAGUGUGAGUAAAGUGCAGACAGAAGCUUGGCAUGAGGUGCAAGAUUUAUUCACACAAAAUCUGUGCCUUGUGAAUUAUCUACGGACUGCAACAAUAUGAAAUAAAAUAUUUGGCUGCUGAUAGAGCUGAUGGGUAAUUGUGCUGAACAAUAUUGAAGUAUGCAAAUAACACAAUGCUUUGGAAAACAUCACACAAGCUGUUAUAUGGAGAUAUUACAAAAGAUGUUUGAUGGAGAUUAAGGAUGAAAG